GGGUACUACCUUGACCCGAGGACCCCUGGCGGUACAAGGAAGGAAGCCCUACGAAGGGUCGAGGCCGGCGCGUCACCCGCUCCUCCAGCUAUGUUCCGGAUGUGGCAAGAGAAGGAGACCCGCUGUGACAUCAGGGUGGAAGAAGCAGGAGAAAACGAGGAAGUGGAGCAAGGAAGGAAAGCCGGCACCAUCAAGGAAGAGCCGAUCAUAGUGGAAUUUGAUGACGAGGGUCGCAAGGUGGAUCUGAAAGCUUACCAGGCGUCACGAUUUCAGGACCGGGCGCCUCGGUCGGGCAUGGCUUAUAGGUCACCCUCCAGGACGUGGAGAGUACCACAUGGUGUCAGGACAAGGGCCAAGGGGCCGGUGAGCCCCGAGGAGCCGACAAAGGAUGUCCCUGAGCCCAGUGGGGAGAAAGAGGUGGUACAUGUUCCAGAGGGAGAGGAUGCUGAAGACGACAGAUUGAGAAAAGAAGAGGACGAAAAGGCCGAGCAAAGAGUCAAAAAGAGAGGCGUAAAACCGGACACGGACAAACCUUCAGAAGUAAAGAAAAAGAAGUACGCUGUCCGAGUAGAGGAAGGAUUUGACGUAGAGGAGACCAUGGACAGGAUCCUUGAGGGUCAUAAUCAUCUUAUGAACCUAAAGGAUGUCCAGGCUUCGGCGCCAAGGCUCAAGGAUGAGCUAAAAACGCGCUUAUCUAGGAAGAUGAUGGCCAGUGUGCGAUUAGGGACCAUAAUCUCUAAAGAGGCAAAAUGGGUUGAGACCGGAACGAAGAUGGAUUGGAAGUCCGUCGCAUGUGGGUGCCUUGAUGUAGUGGUAAAGGGAAAGACUUGCACAGCAAUGGUGGACAAUGGCGCGGAAAUGAACCUCAUAAAAGAGGAGCAUGUUGUGCGCUUAGGGAUGGAGAUAGAUCGCUCUGACAACGGGGUCUUAAUGGGGGCGAACAGUCGGUCGAUUUCUAUAGGGACCGCAUCAUCGGUGAUUCUGGAAAUCGAGAAAGUGAAAGUAAGGAGUUGCUUCUUCGUGAUGCUUGAUCUUGACCACUCUAUUCUACUGGAUCCUACUAUCGCCAGGUGGCUAACGUACAUCUGGAUGUUUGAUUUCGAGUUGGAGCGAAUUCCGAGGAACAAGAAUAAAGCAGAUGGGCUGAGUCGAGUCGACUGGGAUAAGAACAACCAAGGAGUGAUCGAAGACACUCCACCAGUGGACGGGUUCCUAGACAGUGAGGAGAAUGUGAGACUUCACAUCAACUCUUGGUCAUUAGGCAUGGGUAACUAUGUUACUCCUGGGCGACCUAUGUGGCUUACGCCACCAGGACAUGUACGACGACCAGACCUAGUCCUUAAGCCCUAUAUUGAAGAAGACUCUUGGGGAAUGCCUGUGGAUUGGAUGAUGGAGCUGCCUUUAGCAGGCAAUUACCAGCUGCAUGAGGACUUGCUUACGAUUGAGGAUGGGGCGCUACAGGUGGGCAAGCAUGAGAAAGUGAUAGGUGGGGUGUAUCUGUUGGCAAAUGCGCUGCUUCAGGAAGAGGUGAUCAAGAAUACGCCGCAGGAUCAGGAAGAGGUGAUCAGGAAUACGGCGCAGGAUCAGGAAGAGGGUGAUAAUGUGAUCCACGAGAAGGAAGAUGAUGAUUUUGAAGAACGAGACAUUAAGGAAGCAUUUCGGGCAGAGGAAUAUGAAGGAGUAAAUGUUGAACUCGGAAUGCUUCUUUCAUGUAAAAUGAGGGAACGGGACGCUUGCGCAAGAGUUCUGAAGAUGAGGCCAAGCUUUCUAGUAAGGGAUGGUCAUCUGUUCAUGAGAAGCAAAGGGGAGGGCUCCCAGAAGAGUAGUCUGCGGCGGCCAGCUGCGAUCAGGGAGGCUGUAGUGGGUCUCGUGACGACAGGGACUAGUGGGACGGUUAGCAGAGCGUUACGAUACCUAGAGGAGGAGGUAGCUGCCUUCCGAGCGGAGGACUCGUGCGACCCGUUGACUCUAUUUCACGGGCGCCCCCCUCUAGAUAUCUCGGGCGGACUGGCGAUAGCACGGGACGGGUUUUUCCCGUACAGCGUUAGGAGCCUGAGAGCGAUAUUGCCGGCGUUCGUGGUAGAGAGUGUCUUUGGAGGCAUUGGAGGAGUGGUGGAGACAUACCUGGCCUAUCAGGAUCUGAAGAUCCUGGCGAGAAGCACUACAGAUUUAACCUACAUCUAUUAUUCACUCGCAACCGGAAGACUUCGCUGGGGAGACGAGAGGGUUCAGCUUAUAGAGCUGAUCCGCUCGAUAGACGACGAGUGGCCCCAGUUGCCGUGCGUUUGGGAUUGGCUAGACCGAGAGCUCMGAGCAGGACCCGAGUACGUGACCUGCAUCGGGCGGCUUUUCUCAGACGAUGAGGAGAGCGGGUGGGCUGAGGACGCCGAGAGACCUCUGAUAUACGGACACCAGUUGGCGCAAUACUACCAAGGCAUUGGACAGGCCCCAUACGGCGUCGAGGACGAGUUUGACGACGGAGGAUGGGAGCGAGAGGACGACGAGAACGUCUGGGAGCCGGACUGGAUUGACCCAGAGGAUGAGAUUGUCGAGGAGGAGCCAGACGCUUCGGACGCCCAUUUCCCCAGGAUAGGAGUAGCAGUCCUGACGUAGGAGCAGUCAGCUUUGGUCACUGAUAUCGGCGAGUAGUGGAGAGUAUGGCGGAUCAGGAUAUACUAAGGGUGACUCUUUCCCUGCGACGGKAUAGGACAGGAGGUUGGGAGGAAGAAGCGUUAGACAUUGUCGAGCAACAAGUGAGACUCAUGACGGAGCAUGCCCUGGAG